AUGUCUCAACCGGAAAAAACUGAUACACCGACCUCUAAAUCAAAAACACUUGUUGCACCUCCAGAAUCUUUGUAUGAUAUGAUGCUGGAACUAUCUCUUAACUAUACCAUUGAGAGACCGACGAGAUUUAAUGUCUUCGCUGCCAACUACUUUAAAGGUGUGAGGGAUUUAAUUGCUGCAUUGCGAAUAAAUGAGGAAAUGGAUACUUCCACAAUAGAUGAAAUAGUUAGUACAAUACCGAGUUCAGUAUCGAGUGAAUCGCAAUACGUUCAUCGCAAGAGCAUCAUGGCAGAUCAUUUUGAUGAAUGGAACCCACCAUUACUCAGGCAACCACUUUUUAUACCAAAAAUAACUAGAGUCCGAUCUUUUCUAACGAAAACCGUGAAGGAAUGCUUUUUAUUUAACGCAUUAGACCGCCCUCUUUUGUAUGACAUCAUAAGUUCCAUGGAGGAAGAGAUCAUUAAGGGAGGCUAUCUGUUAGUAAGGCAAGGUGAACUUACGGAUAAAAUGUAUGUUUUAGAGAAAGGAGAAAUGCAGGUCCUAAUGAAAAUUCCAGAUGAGGGUACACAAGUGAUUGACAGAUUAUUCAAUGGUGCUAUGUUCGGCGAAUUGGCUUUAUUGCAUGUUAAUUUUAGCAGUAUUACUGUGCAGGCAAUCACGCACACUAGACUCUGGAGUAUAGAUCGGGUUACUUACAGGACACUACUUCUUAAUCAUUCAGUAAAAUUGAGGGAUAAGAAGCGACAACUACUAGCUGGAAUAUCGUUUUUUAAAAAUUUUACAUGGGCAGAGAUUUGCAAAUUGGCGGACGCUUUAACACCUCAUACGUUUGCUAAAGGCACAUGGUUGUUCAAAGAAAAAAGUUUGUCGGAUGGUAUGUAUAUUGUCGAUAGGGGCAUGGUCUUAAUGUAUGUGAUCGGAGAGUACGGAAAUCAGGUAAUAGUUGGCCGAUCCAUUAAUGGUCAAACAUGUGGAGAAGCUGCUCUUAUAUCUUAUUCGCAAAGGAGAUACUCAGCAGUGGCAACUCAUAAAGCCCGUACCUAUUUCAUUGAUGUCGAAGAUUUUGAGAGGCUGGUGGGUUCUUGUUUAAAAAUUUUGAAGCGAACGAAAUAUGAUUAUGACCAAACGGUUGUAAGAAUCUGUGGAACCAGGAAUUUGGUAACUGAUCUGAGAAUACAGCCUAAGACUAAAAGUAAGAGUGAGCAAGAAGUAAGAACUGAAUUACAUGAAUGA